AUGAUGGGUUUAAAGAACCAAACAUAGUCCCUUUCAAAGGGCUACUGAGUGAUGGCACACAGUCUCUGCGCAAGUUGCUGGGUUGAGCUCCUGUGAAGGAGAUCACACUUGUGGGGAGCUCAGCAUCAAGAUGGUGAAAGGCAUUGUGGGAGAUUUUAACUUUCCAGAGACGGUAGGACGGAGCAGUAUGGGACACCCUAAUGUGCCACUCAUGUACACUUACACACGUUCCCACAGAGAUAAACGCAGAUCCAAUCGACUGCAACCCUACACACCAAACGACAACCUGAACAAUGCAUUAGGUGCUAUCAGAGUCCUUGGUUUGGAACUGAUAGAGGAUGAACUUAAACCACAUCUGAACACAGUGCUGGCCAACAUUAAAGAGAGGAACAAAGGUGCUGCUGAGCAGGUAGUGAUCAGUGGGAUCCUGCCAAUUCUGGCGCUGUCUCUGAGGAGAAGAGGGCCUCUCGCUGUGCUGACCGCAAAACUAGUGGCUGAACUCGCCAAAGAAUCUGUGGUUUGUAAAGGUUUUGGUGAUGCCGGUUUGGUUCCGGCUCUGCUGUCUGUGCUGACCAGUAAGGAUCAAGAACUGCUCCUUCACGCUGCCAGAGCUAUCUCACGCAUGUCUUAUGACAGCUCUAAGCUGCAGGAACUGUUACUACGUCGAGGUGCAGUGCCUCGUCUUGUUGCCAUCCUGCUCCGUUUUCCUGACAAGGAGGCCCUGGAGGAGGUGUGCCUUCAGGCCCUCUGCAACCUGAGUGGCAUGGGAGUGGCAGAGGAGGCUGGAAUGGUCUGGGAGAGAGGUGCAUCUGUGAGGCCUGGGGAGUCUGUUUUCCAUGGCGUCUCUCCUCACACCUGUGGCUUCGCCUCCUCUGUGACUCUGGUGUGUGUGUCUCAAUGGGCACCAGGUCAGUAUGCAGUCAACAUCGAGGUUUUCCAGCGCUGCUCCUCCUCCUUCUGGAACCUUCACGGGAACAAGCGGACUGCUCGUUGGUUCCCGUUUUCCAGCUUGGGGAGCUGUUCAAAUCUGUACAAGGUGAUAAAGUUCUCUACAAGGAAUGUUCCCCGAACCAGAAGUCUGAAGGCUCGUGUGUUCCACACUUUCCUCUGACAGCUACUGCAAACAUGGCCUAACCUAACUGCCAUACAAAACUCUGAGGGGAUUACUGCAACCUUUCUAAUUACCACCAGUUAUUGGUACACACCAAAACAUUUGAUAAAUAUUUACACAACAUAAACCUGAACAUGCAUACUUGGACAUACUGUGAAUGCAUCCAAAUUACUUUCGUCUAUUCUGGGUGACUUUUAUCUUACAUUUUUGUGCUUGCUGUUCCUUGGCUCAGUUUGUAUGUUUUGAAAAGGACAGUUUUGUUCUGAAAAAUGGACUUUUACAACCCGCCGCUUAAGGAAAAACACACUCAGUCACAGCGAUUUUGGGAUCCUAUGCCACGCAGUACUGUUUUUGUGGAAUAAUUGAAUCAGGGAUAAGAAACAUGCUGUAAAUCAAUGAAAAUGAUGACUCUAAACCUUACAAAUGGAUGCUAUGAUGAUGUCCUUGCUGUUAAUUUGUUCACACGUGUUUGAAGUAAUUGUGAUUUUCUUUCCUUGGCAGCACUAUUGAUAAAGAUCAUUUUUAUAGUAAGGUUUAAUUUUUGAUUAUGCCUCAUUCAUUUUUACCCUGCAUGUUUGAUUAUUUGAAUAUCUUUGACAGACACUUGACCAUGACUUUUAACGUGUGUAUGUAUCUGUACAGCAGGCAAGCAAGGCGAUUGAACUAUGACAUAUGACAUAGUAUACUGAAGAAGCAUCUUGGAUGAGUGGAAAAACAUCUUUGAAUAUGUUUGACCAAGUCCACUUGCCCUUGUUACAAACCUACCUUGUAUAACUAUGACCUGGAUGACUGAAAAUCUUUCUUAUUAUUUUGCUAAACACAAAGUUGAACCAUGUUCUGUUAAUUCAUACACACAAAUUAUUUUAUUAUUUGAGUGUACAAAUGACAAAUACAAUAAAUCACACAUCACAAGCAAUUAG